UUCCUCUCCAUCCAGCCAUGAGCAACCUAUAUGCCACAGAGCCGGCGACAAACGGCAAGGUCAUCUUUGACACCACCGCAGGAGAGAUUGAAGUCGAACUAUGGGGCAAAGAAUGCCCCAAGGCAGUUAAGAACUUUCUCGCCCUCACCAUGGAAGGCUACUACGAUGGGGUCAUCUUUCACCGUGUCGUCCCCGGUUUCAUCAUACAAACCGGCGACCCUACCGGCACAGGCAUGGGCGGCGAGAGUUUCUACGGUGAACCCUUUGGCAACGAGAUACACGGCCGACUCAAGUUCAACCGCAGAGGUUUGCUGGGAGUUGCAAACAAUGGGGAGAAAAACACCAAUACAUCGCAGUUCUUUAUCACGCUCGACCAAGCGCCCGAGUUGACAUCAAAGCACACCUUGUUUGGCAAGGUUGUUGGGAAUACUAUCUACAAUGUUUUGAGUAUUGGAAAUAUGGAUAUAGACGCUGAAGAACGACCUCUUGUACCCCCAAAGAUUCGUCGUAUUCGAAUCAUCGAAAAUCCCUUCCCCGACAUUCAACCCCGUAUCACCGCAGAAGAACGCCGCGCGCAAAAUUCUGCCCGAAUAGAAGCCAAGAAGGAGCUCGAAAAGCGGGAGAAGAGAUCCAAGGCCAAGAAAAAUACCAAGCUGUUGUCAUUUGGUGAAUCCGAAGAGAUUCCGGAUGAGGAUGAGGUGCCGAAAAAGUCCAUGACGAGACAGGAUCUCAUGGAAGUGGGACCACCAGCCAACGAUUUCAAGCUUCGCAACUCUGUUGACGUUCCUCCCCCUCUCAAAGACAUUGAAUCCGACGACCUGAUCAAGAAGAAGGAAGCCGAGAAAAAGGCUAUAGAUCUCAAAUCCAUUCGCGAACAGCACGCAAAAGACCAAGCCGGUGGCGCCAACGACCGCAAGGCCGAAAUCGCCCGUAUGGAAGCCGACCUCAAGCGGCUGAAGAAGCGCUCCGGUUCCAUGUCUUCGUCCUCUUCGUCUUCCUCGACGAGAGGCCGUAGGCCCAAAGGGCCAUCAGUUCUGGAGCAAGAACUCGCAAAGUACGAAGCCAACCGAGGCCGGGCAGCACAGAAGACGGGCAAGAAGAGGGGAAGAAAAGAAGAAGAGGAUGACUUAUUGGCGGAAAUGAAAAAGUUUAGCCACAGGGUCGUCCAAGCCGGCGACUCUGACGGCGAAGAGGGUGGCAGGGAAGAAGGCGAAGCAGGGGAAACGAAGGAAGAAAAGUACGGCCUGGGCUUGGGUGAGGAUGAUGAAGGAGUAGAGGUGGACGAUGAUGUGGGAUGGAUGAGGCAUACAUUGAAAUUUGUCGUGGAUGAGAAGGAGCUCACAAGAAGAGCGGAAGAUGAAUACGCUGUGAUUGAUCCGAGAGCGAAGGCUAGGGAUAUUCAGAGCGCGAGUCGCCCGAGCGCGAAGCGGAGCAGGCAGGACGAUAGGAGGCAUGGGGGAAGUGGCCGGGGCGGAAGACAAGGUGGUGGCCGGGACGGAGGGCGACGGUAUUGACGAGUGGGAUGCAUAUACCGAUGUUGAAUGAGACGAGUGGCAAAGCGUGCCUGGCGCGAACUCGUACCACUUUGUUGUGAUGGGACGAUUCUUUGC